UCUAUAAAGGUAUAUAAUUGUAACUCUUUCAUCUAACAUAAUCCAUUUGUGUGUUAACAAUUUUGUGUAACAAAUAUAUGGUUUUAUAUCAAUUAGCCAUUUAAUUACAUACAUUUUGUGUUAUAAAAUUAUUUUAUACUUUUAUAUACGAGAAAUGAAUGCUGAAAAUAUUGAUGAAGUUAUUCUUAGAUUACAUAAUGACCAUAAUUGGAAAGACAUUGUGAAUUUAGCUUCCGUUAUUGAUAACUCAAAAAACUAUAGAUUAUUUUGGGUACUUCCAACUUUAGAUGAUUUAAGUUGGAUGACUGAAAUAAUUAAAGAGUAUAAAAUAUUAGGAAUAAUUAGUAUAGGCUGCGGUUGUGGCUUGAUCGAGUGGUUAUUGCAAAAUUUUUCUGGUUUAAAUAUUAUUGGUAUAGAACUGGAUAUUUCAUGGUGGCGAAGUAAAUAUGCUCCUCCAUUAUUUCUUGAAAAUGUUAUUUUUAUUAAUGAAAGUAAAGGGAAUAACUAUUUGGUACCAAAAGAUCAUGCAGUUUUAUUCUGCUACUUUAAUAAUGGAGAAGCCUUUUGUAAUUACAUAGCUAAUUAUGAAGGAAACAUAAUAUUUGUUAUUGGACCUGCAGAAGACCAAGAACGUAUUACAGAUCCACUUCCAUUCGAUGAGAAAUUUGUCAAAUACAAUUGGAAACUGCUUACAAAAAGACCAAUAAUGAAUUUUAAAAAUUAUAUUGUUGUGUAUACUAGAUAAUAUUGUGUUUGUUUGAUUAUUUAUGUUAAUGUGUACUGCUUACAUAUAGAUUCUUGAAGUCUUUGACGCUCAGAGAAUUAAUAAAAGUUGAUAGAACAACAUGACUAAUAGUAAAUCAGUUUUCAAAGAAUAGAAAGAAAUAAAAUAUAUAACAGUGCAGAUAUUGAAAUAAAAUCGAAGAAUAUUUUUCUUAUACUUUGUAACAAAUUUCAAUUUCAUAACUUAACUAUUUACCUCUCUUGGGCAUUCAUAUAUUACCUAAUUGAAGUAUACGAUUCUGUCUUCUUUCUACCUUAACUGGUUAGCUUUGUUAUUUCAUGUAAUUGCUUUAAUUAAAUAAUUAAAAAAAAAUAAAUGUAUUGCAUUAAUAGCUAAUUAUUUCAAGAAUUAAUAAAUUUCAUACUUUGAUACUUAUAUAUAUUUUUUACUGUUUGAUCGCUUAUAUGUACUUAGUUAUAAAAUGUAAUUAAUAUCUUCUGUACGG